CCGUUUUGGCUCACCUCUCUUCAGGUCCCGCGCCGCCGCGCGGCCCCCGGGGUUUCUACUCCGGGUGUCCGCGGCGCGUCCUGUUGCCUGAUGGCCGCCUCGGUGCUUCCUCCAGCCGCGGCGGGCUUCCUCGCGGACGUCGGACAGUUCCUCUACGUGGUCCGAGGAGGAAGCCCGGACGGAGGCGUGGUGCCCGUCGACGUUUCGAUCGCGCGUCCAGACACGUGGGCUCCGUUCGUGCUGUCCGCCGUGGUGGCGUUCUUCUACCUCCAGGCGAUCGAGGCGGUCGGCCGCGCGGUGGCAGCCGUGCUCAGGGUCGGCAGCGGUCUGGAUCUGGCGAGGCUGUCGAGAAAGCGCGAGAGAUUCUGCACCGCCUGGGGCGAGGCGGUUUAUUUUGCGAUCCAGGUGUUUGUGAAUUACCGUCUGUUCGGCGGCGCCAGCUGGUACUGGCCCUCCAGCUGGGGCCUGCUGAUGGCGGAAGUGGGCAAAGAGACCCUCAGAGGCGAGAGUGCCCCGCCGUUGUAUCACUGCACACGCGAGAUGCGAACGUAUUACCUGCUGGAGUUCGGCUGGUACUCGAUGUGUUUGGUGGUGCUCUUUUUCAAGAAACGCAGGUCCGACUUCCUCGAAAUGCUCGCGCACCACGCUAUCACCUCCGUGCUCGUCUUCACGUCUUACUCCUAUGGUUACCUCCGCGUCGGCGUCGUCGUGAUGAACCUGCACAACCUGUUCGACCCGCUCCUGAACGUUGCGAAGUGCUGCCACUACGCCUUCAAAGGCCCGCUGCACAUCCUCGCAGACGUCAGCUUCGGGCUGGGCGCGGUGGUAUUCCUGGUUUCGCGGCUGGUCCUGUACCCGCUCGCGAUCUAUCACGUUUGGUUGUAUCUUUUUGCGUCACGUGUUUUUGCGUCUCCUGGCGCGCAGCCAGCCUGGGCUGCCACUGCUGACCAGUGGGCCUGCCUGGUUUUGUUGUGCAUGCUCUAUCCCAUUCAUCUAUUCUGGUUUUACCUCAUUCUCAAGGUCGCGAAGAAAGGCCAUCGUUGGUGGGACUGUCCAGAACGACGAGCGUUCUGA